AUGGGGAGUUUUAUGAAGUUGGGACAUUUAUCUCUUUUCAUCUUUUCUAUUUACUUAAUUUCGGGAUGUUUUGCUGAUCCAUAUUAUUACUCUUCUCCUCCCCCACCACCAUCGUACACUUAUUCUUCUCCACCCCCACCACCUUACAAAGCUGAAGAGAAAAAGUAUACUCCGUACAUAUAUUCAUCUCCGCCGCCACCACCUUAUAAGGCUGAAGAGAAAUAUACUCCAUACAAAUAUUCAUCUCCACCACCACCAACUUACAAAACUCCGGAAAACAAAUAUACUCCUUACACAUAUGCAUCUCCACCACCACCAACUUACAAAACUCCAAAGAAUAAAUAUACUCCUUACACAUACGCAUCUCCACCACCACCCACUUACAAAACACCGGAGAAAAAAUAUACUCCUUACACGUAUGCACCACCACCACCGCCAACUUACAAAACUCCAGAGAAGAAAUAUACUCCUUACACAUAUUCGUCGCCACCACCGCCAACUUACAAAACUCCAGAGAAGAAAUAUACUCCUUACACAUAUUCGUCACCACCACCGCCAACUUACAAAACUCCAGAGAAGAAAUAUACUCCUUACACAUAUUCGUCACCACCACCGCCAACUUACAAAACUCCAGAGAAGAAAUAUACUCCUUACACAUAUUCGUCACCACCACCGCCAACUUAUAAAACUCCAGAGAAGAAAUAUACUCCUUACACAUAUUCGUCUCCACCACCGCCAACUUAUAAAACUCCAGAGAAGAAAUAUACUCCUUACACAUAUUCGUCGCCACCACCGCCAACUUACAAAACUCCAGAGAAGAAAUAUACUCCUUACACAUAUUCGUCACCACCACCGCCAACUUACAAAACUCCAGAGAAGAAAUAUACUCCUUACACAUAUUCGUCACCACCACCGCCAACUUACAAAACUCCAGAGAAGAAAUAUACUCCUUACACAUAUUCGUCGCCACCACCGCCAACUUACAAAACUCCAGAGAAGAAAUAUACUCCUUACACAUAUUCGUCACCACCACCGCCCACUUACAAAACUCCAGAGAAGAAAUAUACUCCUUACACAUAUUCGUCACCACCACCGCCCACUUACAAAACUCCAGAGAAGAAAUAUACUCCUUACACAUAUUCGUCACCACCACCGCCGCCCACUUACAAAAUUGAAGAGAAAAAACACACUCCUGCAUACUAUUCAUCACCUCCACCUUACUACUAA